GAGAGCGAGAGCAUGACAGGCAGAGAGUGUACCUGAGAGAGAGAGCGCUUAACAGAGAGUAAGAGAGAGAGUAACAGAGAGUGACAAAGAGAGAGAGAGAGUAACAGAGAGAGUGUGAAAAAGAGACAGAGUGUGACAAGGAGAGGAGAGUGUGACAGAGAGAGAGUAUGUGACAGAGAGAGCAUGUGACAGGGGAGGGAGCGCGUGACAGAGAGGGUGAGGGAGUACAAGAGUGUGACAACGAGAGAUACAGCAAAAGAGAGUUAGAAAAAGAGCGACAGCGAGAGAUACAGCAAGAUAGAAAGAGUGACAGCGAGUGAAAGCAAAAGAAAGUGACAGCAAGAGAGACAGACAGCAAGAGAGUGACAGAGAGAAUUAGACAGAGAAAGUGACAGACAAGAAGAGAAAAAGACAGAGAAACAGCGAAAGUGACACUCAAACUAGUGUGCUGAAGAAAUUGUGAGGUGACCAUGUUCAGCUGAAGGUGCCACUCAUCCAGCAAUCGUACCACUGGGAUUGCGGCCUGGCAUGUGCUCGCAUGGUGCUCCAGUAUCUAAACCUCCUACAUGAAAAUACAUUUCAGGCAGCUAUGCAGGAGCUGCAUCUCACGAAGAGUAUCUGGACAAUUGACCUGGCCUAUCUGAUGCACUACUUUGGGGUCAAGCACAGGUUCUGCACACAGACAUUAGGUGUGGAUAAAGGCUACAAGCACCAGUCCUUCUACAGGAAACAUUUUGACUCAGAAGAGAACAGAGUUAAUCAACUAUUUGUACAAGCCAAAGCUCGUGGGGUACAUGUGGAGAAACGCACCGUGACCAUACAAGACUUGCAGGAACACCUCUCCCAGGGAAAUGUUGCCAUUGUGUUAGUCAAUGCAGUUCUGCUGCUAUGUGACCUAUGCCCAAGCAGAGUCAAGUACUGCUGUUUCCUUCCUAUUGGACAGAAGUGUUUCUGCAGGAGCAGUGACUACCAGGGUCAUUUCAUUGUUCUAUGUGGCUACAACAAGAGCUCAGGAAGCCUCUUCUACAACAACCCAGGAUAUGCAGACCGACUGUGCCGGACAAGCAUUAAUAACUUUGAAGAAGCACGUAGUAGCUACGGCACAGAUGAAGAUAUCUUGUUUAUCUAUGUAAACAGCUGACUCUCUAAGCUUUUUAGUAGCUUACUUUAUCUGCUUUCUCAGGAUGGGUUUAGGUACUCCGCAGGGGUAUCUAAUAGGUACAAAUGGUCUACUCUACCCUUAGCUUGAGAUAUAUGUGUAUAUGUGUGUGUGUAUAUGUAUAUGUGUAUAUAUAUAUAUAUAUAUAUAUAUAUAUAUACAUACACACACAUACUCUCAUACCCAGGUCCUGAUUAAUCCCUUACUUGACAAGUGAAAGUGUAUCUAUAAUUCAGAUCUGUUCAGGUAGACAGGGGAGAAGACAAUUUGUAGCAUAGCUUGCAAGUGGUUAUGUUUUGGCUGCCCAGUAUUGGAUGUAUGUUUAUAAGGUGACUCAAUUCAAUAAGUCACAUUACAACAAUUUUAUGUGUUCCCUGAUUUCAUCCAUGAUAACAAGUGAUGACAAAGUUCACUGCACAAACAUCCAGUGAAUUUGUGGUCUAUGUAUUUUGCAACUUUGAUUGCUGGAGACAGUGGAAGCAGUUGAAGGGUAGGAUUGAUACUGCGGGCAAUAAAUAAAGCCUAGUUGUAUAAAUGAGUCAUGUCACACAGAGGGGGAAACCGACAGAGCAAACAGUGAAAAGCUAAUAGCUCAGUUAUAAUAAAGGUUUUACACACACUU